AAUAUCUAGAUACAACUGUUUAAUUGUAUCAUUAAACAUCUGUAAAAUGCCAAGUUAUAUAAAAUCAGUUUACGAAUAUACAAAAUUACGUAGAAAUUUUGGCAGACAACCUUUAUUUCAGGAUGUUUCUGCACAAAUGAUAGACUCUAUUAACCCGAAUAUAGCUUACCAAAAAGAUUACAUACUCAGGAAUCCAGUGAAUCGUGAAGUGCAAGCUACAUUGCCACAAUCACAAAAUGAGAUAAAUACAAAAACACUGGUAAUUCGUGAGCAAGGUAUAAAUCAUACAGAAGGUGGCUGGCCACGCGAAGUUCACCUGUAUAAUGAAGAACAUUUGAUUCGACACCGACGUCGAGUUAUGCACGAAGAUAACUAUAUACACGCGAUUAAGAAACUUGCUCCGAUGAUGGAACACUACGUUGAUCAAAAUAAUGCUAUCAAUAUAUAUGAAACAUACUUUGAUGACAUGCAAUCACAAGUUGCUGUCGAAAAGUAUAAUGUUCGCGUCGCUAAUGUGUUUCGAGAUUCUUACAAGCGGCCUAUUUCAUGCUUAUCUUGGACAAAUGAAAAGAUACCUAAACUAGCAGUAUCUUAUUCCGAUAAAACAUGUACCUUAAAUUCAGAAAUUUAUAGGAAUAAUGACUGUUACUUAUGGGAUAUUUGCAAACAAACUGAACCAUUCUCUAAAUUGCAACCAGAUGGACCCUGUUGGCAAUUGGCGUGUUCCCCUAUUCAUCCGGAAUUACUUAUAGGUGGUCUGGCAAAUGGAGUCGUAAAUGUAUUUGAUAUUAGAGAAAGUGCUAAUGCUAUAUCCAGAAGCACAAUAUAUAACUCUCAUCGGGGACCUAUUACAGCAUUACUUUUUACGCACUCUCGUACCAAUACAGAAUUUUUUACCGGAUCCCCCGAUGGUCAAUGUUUAUGGUGGGAUUUUAGAAAUCUAUCAAAACCAUUGGAUCACUUACCAAUGUCUGUUAAAAUCCCAGUUGGACAAGAACCUAACUUGAGCAAUGCUGAAGGUGUAAGUUCUUUAGAAUUUGAUCACGCCCUACCAACUAAAUUUCUCUGUGGGACAGAAUCAGGGCUAGUAAUUAACGUCAAUCGCAUGGGUAGAAGUCACUCUGAAAUCUUAACAUCAUAUUGGAAUACACAUUCUGGUCCUGUCCGUGCAGUACAUCGUAGUCCAUGUACAAUUAGAAUGUUUUUAACUUGUGGUGAUUGGACCGUGCGUGUAUGGAGUGAAGAAGUUCGCACUGCACCGAUAAUUGUAACUAAACCAUAUAAUAAUCAAGUUACUGAUGCUUCUUGGACACCCUUGAGGUUUUCGAGUUAUAUGGCUAUUUGUGAAGGUGGCAAUUUUUACUACUGGGAUUUCCUUCGUAAGUAUCGAGAGCCUGUGGCUACUCUUAAAGUCUCCAAGUAUCAACUUACAAGACUUACCUGUCAUAGUGAGGGUAAAUCAGUAGCAAUUGGAGAUAUAAAUGGAUCAGUAUUCUUGGUACAGUUAUCGGAAAAUAUGGUUAUACCUGGUAAUCACGAUAAGCAACUUAUGUCUCAGACAUAUGAACGUGAAACUCGACGCGAACAUAUUCUUGACGCGCGUUUAAAAGAAAUUCGUUUAAAAAUUCGCGCAGAAGAAGAAACUCCCACUACUAUGACAAUGCCCGAUGAGAGUUCUAAUGAAGAAAAUUUAAUACAAAUUACAGAACAACAAUAUUUUAAAAUUGUAAAAGAUGAGCUACAUCAAUUGGUAACAAAAACAACACCAAGUAAUGAAUCUAUUUCACAAUUUUAGUUUCAACAAUUCUAUCUUAUUAUUUUAAUUAAUUAAAAUUUAUGCAAACAUAGUGAAGUAUUUAUUAUUAGGAAUAACCAACUUCAAACUUCACAAAAUUUGCAUAAGCACAAAACAUAAAAUGUGUAACAUACAAACUAAAAAUGAAUGAAUUAAUUAAAUAUAUAUAAAUUUUUAAACUAAAUAAGUACCUUUUGAACUCAUAUAUUUCUAAUCAUUAUACUGCCACUGACAUUUUUGAGCACAAAUAAUAUAAUUCUAUCUUAGGACCACUACAAUGGUUAAAAAUCUUUUAAAUAUUUUAUUUUAUUUUUAUAUUUAACUG